GCUGUCUUGGUACAUUCCUUUGUGGGUUCUGGCUGAGGAGGGAGAGAAAGAGAGAGAGAGAGAGGGGUGCGAGUUAGCGGCGGGAGCAGCUCGCACUCUCCGGGCAAUGAUCACCUGGGGUCGGGACCUUACGACUCGCUAUGAGGAGAAGCAAAGUGAUGGCCCUGGCCACCUGCCUGGGAUCCUUCAUUUUGCUCAUAUUCUACUUCCAGAGCCAUUUGGGUUCAGCUGAAGAGCAGUUCUUGGGUGGAAGAUGGCAUGGAAAGCCCAGAAGAAGUCCCUUACAAUCCCUUUAUGACAGCACGCAGUUGGAGCCCUCCUCUAUCCAAGCAAAGCAUCAGAGGCGCCGGGAGCUGCUGGCCAGCACCUGUAAGACUUACACAAGGAAGCGCCGAGUCCUGACAUCUGAUGAUCUGAAACACCUUGUUGUGGAUGACACCCAUGGACUUCUGUACUGCUAUGUACCAAAGGUAGCCUGUACCAAUUGGAAGAGGGUCAUGAUGGUCCUCACUGGUCAGGGGAAGUAUAAGGACCCGUCUCUCAUCCCGGCAAACGAAGCUCACAUUCCCUCAAACCUUCGCUUGCUCUCUGAGUUCAGCACCCCAGAAAUCAAUUACCGGCUAAGGAACUACCUCAAGUUUAUUUUUGUGAGGGAGCCAUUUGAGAGGCUGGUGUCCGCAUACAGGAACAAGUUUACCCGCACGUAUAACACAGCCUUUCACAAGCGAUAUGGGACCAAGAUCAUUGAACGUCAUCGUAGGGAUCCCUCUGUAGAGGCCCUGGAGCACGGCAAUGAUGUCACCUUUGAGGAGUUCUUGUACUACCUUGUGGACCCGGUGACCCAAAGGGAGGAACCUUUUAAUGAACACUGGGAGAGGGUGCAUUCUCUUUGUCAUCCGUGCAUCAUCCAUUAUGAUGUUGUAGGAAAGUAUGAAACGCUGGAAGAUGAUGCUGAGUAUUUGUUGCAGCUUAUUGGAGUCGGAGACUCCUUCAAAUUUCCAUCAUCUUCCAAAACAACACGGACCACAGAUGGGAUGGCUGCCGAGUUCUUCAAGACUGUGCCGCUCUUCUACCAGCGCAGACUCUUCAACUUGUACAAGAUGGACUUUCUGCUCUUUAAUUACACUGUCCCGCAUUUCCUAAAGAUUCACUGAGCAGACCGUGAGAGUGUCCGUGGGCCUGGUGCCCAUACCAUUUUUCAUCAUGAAUGUAAAGGAUUUGGUUAUUUAUUGCUGAAUGAAUUUGUGAUAUGGACGUCGAUGCUUUUUAUAGACACAGUCGGGUGUGGAACUGCACCAUUUUGUAAACUGAUGACUCUACUUUCUGCUUUCCAUUGAUAUCCUGCUAAAUUGUCUGGAUGGAACUUGUGUUUAAAUUUUGAAGGGUCAAAAUUUCUUAGAAACAAGUCGCUCUUAUAUUAAAAGUGAAAUAAUAUCA